CUUGACUGAGUGUGUGAAGCAGACGACGCUAGUAAGAGAGUAGGGUCAGUCUGGACUAGCUCGUCCCCGCCUAACGUUGUGCUCUCAACGUCUCUCGAUUACAUCUUCAGAAAAUUAUCUGUGUAUCCAGCAUUUCGGCAUCGACAUCCCACCAACGAUCGCCAAUCUCACGUGGCGCCGCACAAAUUUGCCGCUAGGUGCGCAACACCAGAGUAGUUCGCAGUUACAAUUGUAUUUCGGUAAUCAAAUCCACUCCAACGAACGUCGAGCUAGCGUGGUGCCGCACAUUUUUGCCGCCAGGCGCUCAACACAAAAGUUUCGUCAAUUCAAUCGAGUUUCGGGAACCCAACUUUAUUCAUCACGAUCCGUAUCACACGGCCUGGAAUCGCAUAUUCCGGGAACACGCCACCCCCAGCUUUAGUUACCCCACGCCUCCGAUAGGAGCGCCCUAUCAAGGUAUACACUCCUGAUCUUCGCAUAUUGAUACCACGUCAAUCUACGCAACUACACGCACGCAGCGCGUCCUCACCCUGUCGCAGUACAAGUGGGUCGACAUCACACUCAUUCUUUACAUUCUCGCUGUAGAAUACGCUCGCAACCACAAUCAUGGCCGCAGCCAUCGCCGCCGCAGCAGCAGCCGCAGCCAAUGCAGUUCCGCAACAACCAAUAGUGAAUCCACCCAGAGCAUUUAAGCCUUAUGGGUCACCACCACCCUUCGAUCUGGAAGCUGAACGCGAUUCAUUCGGCGUAUGGGAAGAAGGAUGGAAGAUAUUUCUGGCUCUGUCAACCAUCGACGAAGUACUCGACGCCGCCGCACGCCCCGCGUAUAAGACGAACCAGCUUAAAUCUUGCCUGUCAACCCCUACGUUGCAAGCUGUACUUUCUGCCGGACUCACGACUGUCCAACUGGGAGAUCACGAGGAAAUCAUCAACCUACUCCGUACCCGCUGCAAUGCGGGCCGGAACCGGCAUGUCUGGCGUCAUCAAUUCGCAUUAUGUUUUCAGCUCCCAAACCAAUCAGCAGACAACUGGCUAUGCAGUCUCCGAGAUAUCAGCCGCAAGUGCGACUUCGGACAAGAUUGUUGUGCCCGAUGCGAACCGACGCGUAUAUUGGGCCAACUGAUAUCCGGCGUAUCAGACAACGCCGUUCGCAUAAAACUUCUAGAGCUCGGCGACGCACUCACCCUAGAGCAGGCACUAACAAUCCUCCGAUCGGCCGAAACAUCCCAACUACAAGCUGCGUCUCUUCAACAAAACGAUCAUGCCAUCAACGCUAUCCGCCGCUCGGCCUACAAAUCUAGCAAGUCACCUACGCGUGACAACAAACAGACACGUUUUGCCCCGGACACGAAAUCUAACGACCGAACGUCAGCGCCAUGCCGUUAUUGUGGCGGGCCCCGACGACACAGCACAACUCAAUGCCCGGCAUUCGGGAAAAGCUGCGACAAUUGCGGCAAAGACAAUCACUUCGCGUCGGUGUGUGAGAGCGACACCGAUCUUCAAGACUAACACGGCUACAUUCCUCUCGGCGAGUCGGCGUUAUCAACGCCAGAAUGUCACUUUGCCUCUCUUGCCAUCAUUCAUGUUUUCCCGUCCCAAUUGAUUACGGCCACAAGGAACGUUACGCGUCCGUAUUUUGUUCCGUGUUGUCCCUCAAAACAGCCAUGCCCCCCGUUUCCUUUUCAUCUAUUAAUCAAGCCUACUUCGUCAACGCGUGGUGGCCAUGCCAGGAACGGCCACACCAACUAACGUCCCAGCCGGGAUCGUCUCAGCCGCGAUCAUCCCAGCCGCGAUCGCCCCAGCCGCGUUCAUCCCCCCCUCCAGCCCUGGAGCCAGACAGCGCGCCGCUUCGCUACCCGGCUUAGUGUGGAUUCACGCGAGCCACACCGAUCUUCAAGACUAACCCGGCCACGUUCCCCUCGGCGUUAACAAAGCCAGAAUUUCAUUUUUGCCCGCUCUUGUCAUGAUUCAUGUUUUUCCCGUCCCAAUUAAGUACGGCCACACAGAACGUCACGCGUCCGUAUUUUGUUUCGUAUUGUUCCCCAAAACAGCCAUGCCCCCCUUGUCCUUUUUCACGUAUUAAUCAAGCCCUACAAAGAAAGCAAACCCGGAAAGAAAGGGCAUGUAUUGACUUGACUGAGUGUGUGAAGCAGACGACGCUAGUAAGAGAGUAGGGUCAGUCUGGACUAGCUCGUCCCCGCCUAACGUUGUGCUCUCAACGUCUCUCGAUUACAUCUUCAGGUAAUACACAGUUUCUCCCUACAAUCGUUGGUC